CUGGAAUUUGGUUUGGGCUCUUCUAUCCACCUUGAAUUAGGGUCGGAUCGUGCCGACCCGGCAUCUUUCCCGCACUGAUAAAUCCAUUUCCCUUCUCUUCUCUGUAAUGUUCAUCUUCAUCGUUCAAAUUUACUAAAAAUACUUUCUACUAAUCUGGAUAUGGCAGAAGAUAUGAAAAUUGAUCAAAUUGUGGAAGUUCCUGAUACCCCAGAUAGAAUAAUUGUGAGGGGUGAUGAUCAGAAACGUUUAUGUAAUCCUGAGAAGAGGAGCAGAGCUUUUAAUGCUGCAGUUGAAAUGAAGAAUAAUUUGUGUACUACAUUGUCCCCGUCAGAAAAAUCUUAUACUUCUCAAAAUGCUCCCAUCUUUAGGAGAGGCCAAACAAUGCAUUCUAGUGGAGCUGAAAAGAUGGAGAAAGGGAAAAGUAUAUACUCCAAGUUUUCUUCUAAAUCAUCUCACCGUGAUAUUUCUGUUUUAGAUUUGACUGAAGAUAAUGGACCGAGCCAACAACUGAAACCAGCUUUCUCACUUGGUGCAUCAAGAGAUCAUGCAACUGAAGACAAGAAAGCACCCAAAGCAACUAUUGGGAACUCUUUGUUGCCAGCCAUUUCAGAUUCUUCUGUUACAUCUAGAAAUCCCUUCACUGGAAAGUGUAAACUUCCAGGUUCUAAUACAUCUGUGGAUCGUGGCAAGGGUAUUUCUCUGUCUCAGGAUUCUCAAUCCCAAAAUGAUAAGCAAGUGUCUUUGCCUCCAUUUGUUUCCAGCUCUCCACGAGGUAGAGGGAACAAGAGAUUGGUUCGAAAUGGGUGUAUUUUACCUGAUAAUAUUGCAACAAGGGCUAAACAAUUAGCUGAACAGAGACACCUUCAAAAUGAAGAUGUUGAACAGAGCCAUGCUGAUCGUGCGCUUUCUAGCAAUGCAGUGUCACCAAAUAGUGUUCAUGACAUAGUUGCUAGAGAGAGGCGCAAUGGUAAAGUUAAAGGAAAGGAAGUUCUUAUUUCUCCUCCAUUCAGUGGACGCAGUGCUGGAACUUUUUGCGCUGCCAACAGCCCUGUCAUCAAUCAUGAAGAGGUCACUGGUACCAAUAAUGAUACAAGAAACUCACUUCAAUACCCUGGAGGACAAGGUGGUUGGAGAACUACUCGUAAUUACCGGAAUGCUAAUCAGCACACGUAUGAUGAGCAUCGCAUGACGAGAAAUAAUGGUGUUGGAAGAUUUAUUAAUAGGCGGAAUACACACAUAGUGGAUGGAAGAAACAUUGGGAGUGGUCAAAGCAGCACACAUGUACAACAUAGUUCUCAAUCAGAUCAUAUUGCUCAACCAAGUUCUGUGAUCAUGCCAGAUGUGGACCAGUCAGCUGUUAACCGUCCUACUGCUGACAUUCUGACUAAAAGGCAAAGGAGACGUGAAUCACCUGGGGAGUCAUCAAGUUCAUAUCCGGAAGUGGUAGAGUUGUUAUCCACACCAAGGAACUCAGCAAGCUCAUCCCGGAGCCGUGGCUUGGAUCCUGAAGUGGUUGAGUUGGUAUCCACACCAAGGCACAAAUCAUCUGAAGAUUUAGAUGAUAACGACAACAAUAGCUUGGAAGCUCGAGCAAGACAAGUGGAAGCAGAUGAGAUUUUGGCACGUGAACUCCAAGAACAAUUGUAUCAUGAUGAUUUCAUAGAAAACAGAGGGAUUGAUGAACAUUUAGCGUGGGAGUUGCAGCAUGCAGAGGAUCUUCUGCCUACAUCCAUUAAUAGUCACAGCAUAAAUCAUCAUGCACGGCUUCCUAGGGCAAACAGACAGCCUCGUAUAUUGCCUAAUCAGAAUUCAAGAAGGAGAGCUGUGCCUGUAGUUUCUUUCUCUAAUAGAGUGUCACAGUUGAGGAGUCGUGCCACAAGUAGGGCUCGGACACCUAACAUGUCAUCUAGAGGAAGGGCCCCCCGGUUUCCUCUGGAUAUGGACUUAGACAUGAGACUUGAUAUAUUGGAAGCUUUAGAAAAUUCAAUGGGGGAUUUCAAUGAUAUGGGAAUGGCUGAUGGCAUCUUUAAUGGGCGACGUGAUUUCAAUGAAAGUGAUUAUGAAAUGUUAUUGGCCCUUGACGAGAGAAAUCACCAACAUACUGGUGCGUCUACUAAUCUGAUAAAUAGCCUUCCACAGUCCACCAUCCAGAAUGACAACAUGACAGAGCCAUGUGCUAUAUGUCUUGAGACCCCAGCCAAGGGAGAAACUAUUCGCCACCUUCCCUGUUUGCACAAAUUUCACAAAGAUUGUAUCGAUCCUUGGCUCCAGAGAAAAACAACAUGCCCUGUAUGCAAGUCAUCAAUCACCUAAUCUAUUUUAGGACCACCUCAUUUUUUCUUUCAGGGAAAAGGUAAAACCUGAUAUUGUAAUAUCACAGUGCCUUUAUUUAUCUUUUGAUACAGUAGAUAUUCAAAAGCGAAUAGAGUUACAGAAAGAUCUGCAGGCAGUUCUGAUAUACUGUUACUGUCUUUUGAAUUGUGAUUUGUUGUGGGGCGAUGAAUGCAUGUUGUUAUGAAUGAUGUAGUUUAACUUGUACUGCUGCUGCUAAAUAGUGCAGAGUUGGCACGAGCCCAAUUUUCACAUUUUCUUCCCCUUAAAGAU